AUGAUCCCAGAACAAUUUCAAACGAUAAUCUCAUUGCGUAUCCUUCACAAUGCCGAUUACUUUUUGAGCAGUUAUUACACACAGGCUUGGCUUCAUCGCAUUUCCUGUGUCUAUUACAAACUCGUUAGUACUAUUGAUACGUAUUAUAAAAACCUUAAAUCAUUGUCAACAUACCGUUUUUUACAGGUCCAACAACCAGUUCUAACCCUUGUGAUUUUAUUCCCCAUCACUGAAAAAUUCUGCCUUGGUAUAAUUUUGGGCAUGAAUAGUGAUCAAAUACAAUAUUUCUGUAAUUCAAGUUCAAUUUCAAUCAGAUUCAAACAAAACCAAACAUGGGACUGGAAAUUUUUACCCCUUUUGUGCAAUUUCCUGUACAUAUGCAGACAGCAAACUUUUCAUUGGUGA